GUUAGUCUCUCUGUGUCUCGUUUUCCCUUCUGCUUCGUAGUCUUCUUCUUCACUUGCAGCUAUCUCGCUUCUGCCUUUGUUGAGAAAUCGAAGAACGCAUAACAGCUCCCUUGGCUAGAAAACAAGAUGAAGGAGAAGAAUUUUCGCAAAAGGAGCACAGCUGAAUCAGGGGAAGACUCUGUUCAUAACAGCAAAAGUGAUUCAGAUGAUGACCAAGAAAGGAGAUUGGUGCUAGAGGAGGUGAAGUUCCUUCAGAAACAGAGGGAGAAGAAGUUGGGAAUUCCAGCCAUCUCUAUGACAACUCAGGUGGGUGGGGCUAGCAACAGCAACAGUGGUGGUUUGAUCCGGAAAGGAAAUGACAAAACUGAUGGGGAUGGGGAGAAGGAUGACUUGGUUUUGCAGGAUACUUUUGCUCAGGAAACUGCUGUGAUGGUUGAAGACCCUAAUAUGUUGAGAUAUGUUGAACAAGAAUUGGCGAAGAAAAGAGGCAGGAAUAUUGGUGUCGAGAAUGAAGUUGAGACUGAUAUAAAACGUGCAGAAGAUGAACUCUAUGAAAUUCCAGAGCACCUUAAAGUUAAGAGGCGAAAUUCAGAGGAAAGCUCUACGCAGUGGACUACUGGUAUUGCCGAGGUUUAGCUUCCCAUGGAAUACAAAUUGAGGAAUAUUGAGGAAACUGAGGCUGCCAAAAAGCUCUUACAAGAAAAAAGGCUCAUGGGUCGCACCAAAACUGACUCUAGUAUUCCCUCAAGUUAUAGUGCAGAUUACUUGCAACGCGGGAAGGACUAUGCCGAGAAGCUUAGGAGAGAACAUCCAGAGUUGUACAAAGACAAGGAUCUGAAGAAAAGCGAUCAGGAGUCUAGACCGGUCGAAUCAGGUGCGGAGGCAGCAGUUCAAAGACAGGCUGCCACGGAUGAGUUCAUGCUUGAGCGGUUCCGAAGGCGAGAACGGCACCGUGUAAUGCGUAGAUAGAAUGUCUUUGAACUACAAAAUCCCAGCCGGUCCUUUAUAUGGUUGCUUCCCAUGUUUGUUGCAUACUGUCUAAUUGGGGUCUAUUUAGAACUGAAUAGUGACAAAUUCUGUGAAUUUCCAGAACCGAAAUGUGGGAUUUCAAGUUAAAGCACAAUUAGUUGAUAGUUUUGAGGGCCACUCAAUGUGAA